AUGGUGAUCAACCAUAUUCAACCUCUAACAGUUAAUCCUUCGGUCGCGGUUCCCGCUCCGACGGAAGCCGAAAAGGCUUUAACACAGAGACUUGAUGACAUUGUUCGUCAAUGGAUUUACGGGACCAUUUCUAAUGAUCUCCUAAAUUUCAUCCUCGAUCCUGAUGACUCGACAGUUGAUGCUUGGAACAGAUUGCAGCAAUUUUUUCUUAACAACAAAUCUGUAAAAGCUUUGCAAUUUGAUGCGCAAUUUACAAACACCAAGCUUUCUCAUUUUGAUGGUGUUAAGUCUUAUUGCGCUCAACUAAAAACUCUAGCUGAUAAUUUGAGGAAUGUUGGAGAUAAAGUCUCUAACAAUCGAAUGGCUCUACAACUUUUGAAAGGCCUCUCGGAGGAAUAUAAGCCCUUUCGAACGUCCGUUCGUCAUCUUAACCCGUUGCCCUCUUUUGAUACUCUUCGUUCAAUGCUUGAAUUAGAAGAACAUGAGAAUGCUGCUGAUCUCUCUAUUGAGUCUCAUGUAGAGGCUCACAUCACGCAAUCCCAUUUAUCGUCCCAAAAUAAUGCUGAUAAUUCCCAUUAUUCUUCUCGGGGUAAUAAUCAACGUAAUGGUGGCAAUGGCCGGAAAACCACCAAGGGAAAGGGCAGCUCCGGCAAGGAUAAAGGUGCCUUUAGCAAUCAAUAG